AGGAAUCUUUGGCGGAAUUUUGCGUCGUUUUGAACUUUACAAAGUUUGCAGGUUUUAAAAUCAAACAAACAAAUCCUUUUUCCUCGUCAAUCGACAAGCAAAAUGAACAACAGAGGCAACGAAAGUGGUGUUACGCAUGAUAUAAAACCAAUGGCUGACCGACCCGUUGUCGACCCACCAAUUCUGUCGCAGAUUACCUGCUUGGGUGGACCAGCAGAUGUGACUGAUGACAUAAACACAGGCAGAAUACAUCCGCGAAAAGAUGAAACAAGUUUUGUAAAAUUAUGCAGAGAUGGAGGUCACAAAGGCCUACUUGAAAUGCAAGAACAUGUGCAAAAUAAUGAUCCUGUUACCUUUAAGAGGCAGGGUGGAGAUUGGUAUUAUCAUGAGCAACAAUCGGAAAAUGGUGAUUUAGCAACUGGCAGAUCAAACUUAAGAGACACAGAUUCAGAAUUUGUUCGCUUGUCCAAGCAAGGUGGUCAUGAAGGUCUGCUGAGGAUAGACUCUGGCAGUAGAAGUGAAAACCCGUUUGUCAAUUCUCAUGGAAGAUAUAUAAGGAAAGAAGAGAGAGUAUCACCAUCAACAUGCCCCCCGGCCGGAAUGAAACCUGCUGACGUCAAUGUUGUCCCUGGCAACCCCAUAUGGCUCGGGGGCAGCGGACCUGAGAUGGGUUUUGUGCCUGGAAAACGGUUUGUGAAAAAGGAAUUCAAAGAGUCUCCAUUUGCAGUAUCCUCUGAUUGGAUGGGAACGCAGUCCCGCAAUCCUGACAAGAUAUGAUGUUGAGAUUCUGGUGAUCUGAGGGACUAUAAUUCAGCUAUAGACACUAGUCAUCUGGCA